UAUUUUUUGAUUGAUUGAAGUAUAACAAAUAACUGCUACUUUUUCUCUGCAACUCCAUUUCCAUGGCGAUUUCCUUCUCCCUCAGCCUACUCCUCGUGGCACUCUUGACCACCGCCACUACCUCCGCCACAGAAACCAGCCCGCCACCCCAACCACCGUCUCUGCCCACAACACCACCACCAGUCUCCACCGCACAUACUCCGCCGUCGCCGGCAACACCGGCGGAGAUUCCACAAAAUCAGCUCGACAACAUCUUCGAUGCUCUGAUUAGCGCCGGCGACUUCGCCGGCUGGACAAACCUGAUUUCCUCCACCGACUCUUCAUCCCUCCCACUCACCGCCACCAUCUUCAUCCCCAGUCACGACGGCAUCCCCUCCUCCCCCCUCUCCACCGCCAACACCAUCACCGGAAUGAGAUUAAACCCUUUUCUCAUGGCCUACCACAUAGUCCCACACCGCCUCACUUUCUCCGAUCUCCAACAGUUCGGUACCCACACGCGCCUCCCAACUCUCCUUCCAGACAAAUACAUCAUCAUCACCAACAACUCCCCCACCAAUUUCACCGUCGACGACUCCCAAAUCGUACAAGCCGAUGUCUUCGUCAAUGCUGCUUUCUCUGUCCAUGGCAUCCAGAAAGUUCUCGAUUACACUCUCUACGCUGGAAAUAGUAUCCUUCCCCCGCCGCCGGAAGAUCCUAAGAAGAAAGAUCCCAUUUUUCCGGAAGAUAUCACCGUCGGCCUGAGAUCUGAUGCAUCGUGUUCGUUCAGCUGGAUUUUGACUCUCUGUGCUGCUGUUCUUGCAAUCAAGAAGAUUCAUUGAAAAAUUUACACUGUCUGGAGUAAUAUUCAAUGGUACGAAAGGUUAUCGAUUGAAAUUUGUAA